UCGAUCAGCCAAGCUAAACUACCACUUCCAGCUACGCUCUACAAAAGUACCAAGAGCUCAUGGCUGGGUUGACCAACGCCAGCAGCUUCCCCUUCAAUCCAAUCCUAACCCCAACGACUGCCAAAACGACGUCGUCUCUACUUCCUCUCUCCUCACUUGAAUCCAAGUUCUUCGGCCUCCGAUUCCGUGGCUUCAAUAUCUCCAAACCUGACUCUCUCAUCUCUCUUUCGUCCGCCUUCCCCACCUCUGUAGUCACCGCCCGUUACGGUGGCUCCCGUUCUUAUGGCAUUUCCCGGCGGUCAAGGCAGAGUGAUUCCGACGAAGAGCAGGCUCUUGAUACAUCUAGCAUUAGGGCAUCUACUGUGAGGCUCAUUGAUGAACAGCAAAAUAUGGUUGGAGUGGUGCCUAAAAGCGAGGCAAUUCAAAUGGCUGAAGAUGCUGAACUUGAUUUGGUGAUAUUAUCCCCGGAUGCAGACCCCCCAGUAGUCAGAAUAAUGGAUUACAACAAAUAUAGAUAUGAAUUGCAAAAGAAGAAGAGAGGACAGCUGAAGAAAAGUGCUGCAAAUCGCAUGGAUCUGAAGGAACUUAAAAUGGGUUACAACAUUGAUCAACAUGAUUAUGAUGUACGUUUGAGAGCUGCUCGUAAGUUUUUAAAAGAUGGUGACAAGGUUAAGGUCAUAGUGAAGUUGAAAGGUCGUGAAAACGAUUUCAGAAAUAUUGCUAUUGAGCUUAUCAGACGUUUCCAGAAUGAUGUUGGAGAGCUUGCAACUGAGGAAAGCAAGAACUUCAGAGAUAGGAAUAUAUUUAUUACUUUGGUACCAAAUAAGGCUGUUCUACAAAAAACGCAGGAGUCACCAAAGAAAAGAGACAAGUCAGCUAUAAAUGAAGUGUCAGUUGGUGUAUGAAUGCUCUUGGAGGUUCAAGGAGGGAAUGGCUGGUUGAAGUGAAUAAAAGUUGCCAUUUUAUAGGUGAAACAUGGAAACAUGGGGAGAUUGAGUAUGUGCGCUUGAGGAAAAUUGGACAAACGGGUCAGUCAUGCAUUGGAUCUGGUGAAACAUACAAGGAGUUCUUUAAACCUGUUUGAGAAAGGAGUCUUAAAGCUUUCUCCUGGGAUUGGCAUUGGAUCUGGAGAAACAUACAAGGAGUUUUUUAAACCUGUUUGAGAAAUGAGUCUUAAAGCUUUCUCCUGGGAUUGGUGUGAGUGGGCAGACAAUUAAUCAGCUUAUGGGAAACCGACAAAUCUGGGAAGUAGUCUGAGAUGAGAAUCACCUUUGUUUUAUGAUUAAUUUCUUCUCUGAUACACAAAUUGAUAAGUAAUAUGCAUUUUCUUGAUUUC